UCAUUGUCUCUUUGUGACGGGAAAAUCCAGAGUUGCAUUCUGUUAAAUGGCAAAUCAACAGGGACGAACGUCCAUCCCUACACCACAGCAGGCUUACAGAUGAGCAAGAACGACGCUGCAGCUUUUUCAUCAGGUCCGUAAACAAGGAAAAACAUGAGUGUUGAUGGAGAUGCAUUGUCAGUAAUUGAAACCCCAGUGGCCGUCAGUCAUCCCUUUCAAUCAGAGACAACAGCUGGAGUUCAGGCGAGUAAAGGGGUCCAGGGUUGGUUAAAAGGAACCCAUUCUACAACUCACACUCACAGACUGGUGAGGUUGCUGGCAGCAGUGUGUGCAGUUGGACUCCUGGGAGGCUUACUUGUAGGUGUCUGGUUUCUAGUCAAACUUCUGCUGAGGCCACCCUCUUCCCAAACAACAGAAGGGCUUGGAGAUACAAAGGAGACGUCUUUCUGCAACAUGACGGAUGAUGUCUCCAUCUCUGACCCACGGAAAGUGUUUUACAGAAUCAGCCCAGAGAACUCCCUCCUAGAGAUCCAGCUUGGGAAACAGCACACCUGGCUGCCGGUGUGCGCGGAGAGGUGGAACUCAUCAUUAGGAACACUGGUCUGCAGGCAGCUUGGUUAUCUGAGACUGACCAAACAUAAACAAGUAAAGCUAACGGAUAUUGCGCCAAACUACACUGAAGGAUUCAUACAAAUUACCUCGGAGCAAAAGACUAGUCUAGAAAACAUAUGGGGCUUCAGGGAGAGCUGUAGCACAGGGAAGGUUAUAUCUUUGCAGUGUUUUGAGUGUGGGACCCGAGCAAAGCUGCCCAGGAUAAUAGGAGGUGUUGAGGCCACGCUGGGCAGGUGGCCGUGGCAAGUCAGCCUCUACUACAACAACCGUCACAACUGUGGAGGGUCAAUCAUCACCAGCCAUUGGAUAGUAACAGCAGCUCACUGUGUGCACAACUACAGGCUACCUCAGGUGUCCAGCUGGGUGGUCUAUGCCGGCAUUGUAACUCGUAGCUCUGCUACAAUUGCUCAAAAUGCGGGUUAUGUGGUGGAAAAGAUCAUCUACAACAAGAACUACAACCACAGGAGCCAUGAUAGUGACAUAGCGCUGAUUAAACUGCGACGACCCCUCAAUUUUUCAGAUACAAUUAGACCCAUCUGCUUGCCUCCAUAUGACUAUGAUCUCCCAGGUGGCACACAGUGCUGGAUUUCCGGAUGGGGAUACACACAGCCUGAUGGUGUUCACUCACCUGCCACCCUGAAAGAAGCCCCAGUUCCUAUAAUAACCACAAAGAGAUGCAACAGCUCCUGCAUGUAUAACGGAGAAAUUACUCCACGGAUGCUCUGUGCUGGAUACACCGAAGGAAAAGUGGAUGCAUGCCAGGGGGACAGUGGGGGUCCUCUGGUCUGCCCAGAUGAAAAUCUGUGGAGGCUCGCCGGAGUGGUGAGCUGGGGAACAGGCUGCGCUGAGCCAAACAAUCCUGGGGUUUACACUAAAGUGGCUGAAUUCUUGGACUGGAUCUAUGACAUGACUGAGGUGGACAUUUUUUAACAAGUUUACAUGGAUAGUUACGUAAUCUUAGAGGUUAUCAUACCCUUUGGAAUUUUCCCAUCUUCAUAAUGCAUCAUUGAGAUUUAUUUAAUGAAACCCAACAUACAGCAAGCCAAAAUACAAACAUUUGUAUUCAGCUCCCUUUAUGAUCACUUAGACAUAAUAACUUUCAAACAACUGUCCUUAAAAGUCUGUUUAUUAAUAUAGUAUAUCUUGUUUUCAAUGCUUCUGCAGCUAUGCUCGACUUUAAUAUGAUAUUAUUGCUAUUUUACAAGUAAACCUGAAACAUAUGGCAUGCUUUUGUAUUCAACCACUCUGAUAGAACAGAUAAUAAAAUCACACUUUGUAUCGGGUAGGGCUGCAAACAUUUGUGCAUAAAUGUGUGUCUACCAGCUUUGAAAAUGCUAAAUUUUUGCCAAUUCAUUAUGAAACCAUUUCCAAUGUAUUUAACAGUGGGAUUGUGUGUUUAGUUGCUCCUGGGAGCAGCAAAUAAGUAACCCAGGAUAUCACCCUCAGUCUCAUCUAGCUAGACCAUCUUUUUCCAUGUCUCCAUAGAUUAUGACAAACAGGAAAAUAUAACUUCUUCAGGUCUGCUUUCUACAACUACUGCUGCUAUUAUCCACGUGCUUCUUCCCCCUCUUCAUUAAAAAAAAUAUCUUUGGAGUGCAAGACUUGUACUUUAACCAUCUGAGUUAUGGAUCAUCGCCACAAGCCUCUUGGUUCUCUGAAUAAUGCAUCACUUGUGCAGUAAGAUAGUUUAAGUUAAAGCCAAUAUUUUGGUAGGUGUACAUUUGAGGUAUUUUGUUUCCAUUUUGGGGAGAUAUUAAAGAAUACUCCAUUAUUUUUUUCAAACCUUGGGACAUCAAUCAUUGAACCAUGCUGUAAAACCUUGCAUUAAUAAAUUUCUGACCCCUGGCCUUUAUGAUACUGCUUGCUCACUACUGCUAUCUUACAAACAUUUGAACCCUGUAAAGAAUGGUUAUAUUUAUAUAAAGAUAAAGUUACACACAUGUGCACUCUUCUUACUGACUUUUAAAGGGAGAUGUUUGCGCAGGGUCCAGCAGAAUACAUAUGCUCACAACAGUGAAAACAUGUUUGCUUCAUAUAUAAACAUUCUAUCAUUUUAGAAGUAUGCUGUAGGAGUUAUUGAGAUGUUGAGUUUAUAAUACAGUCUAUCCCCUAAAAAUACUAUGACAUGUAUAACUGUUAAAUAAAUAAAAAAGAUUAAAGUUACUGUAAACAUUGCCGUGGUUCAAACAAUGGAUGCCUAAUUACAGUCAUCACAGACUUCAGUCUAUCAU